GAACAAAAAAACACCCUGUUGUGGAACGCGUCGUGCUAAUUAAUUGUUAUUUAUGUCGAAAACGUGAGAAGCCGCCAUAAUAUAUUAUUUACUAUGAAAAAUUUUAAUAAAGUUGUUUCGUGUAAAACUGUGCUACAUAAACCAUCAUCAUCAGCAACAGCAGCAGCAGAAACAGAAAUAUCAGCAGCAUUGGUAUAUAAUAUAAAAGAAGAAGAAAAACAAAACAACAACAACAACAAUAAAUACAACAUCAACCAGGACGAAACCUUUAGCAAUCAUAGCAAGAACAACCACCAAAUACAGCAACGACAAAUAGACCAUCGUCAGCAGCAUCUGGAGCAAAAGCAAAACCAUCAACAGCAACAGGAGCAGGAGCAAAAACAACUACAUUUUCGUACGGGUAAUAGUGUUAUAGUAGUUGAACAACGACAAGGAUAUAGUGAUAUCAAAAAGCAGCAUCCCAAACAAGGAUCCGGAUUUGGAUCCUUCUACCAUCAUCAGCAGCAGCAGCAUCAGAAACGAAAUUUUCACAAACAUGUCAACAGCAGUUUCUGCAAAUUAAUUGCAUACCUUUGGUAUUGCUGCUGACUAGCUGUGCAGCAUAUCCUCGAAGGAGUUAUGGUGGAUCCAUUAAAGAUAUUUUGGGUACUGACAAACAGCACUUAUUUAGUGACUAAAUUUAUUCGUAUUGGAAUUGCUGACAAGAACGAUAACCCACCUUAUUUUGACAAAUCCCUUUACGAGGCGGAAGUCGAUGAAAAUGAAGACAUUCAACAUACCGUACUUACCGUUACCGCCAAAGAUCACGAUGAGUCCUCGCGUAUUCGAUACGAGAUCACAAGCGGUAACAUAGGUGGUGCUUUUGCUGUAAAAAAUAUGACGGGUGCCAUUUAUGUAGCUGGUGCCCUUGAUUAUGAAACAAGACGACGGUAUGAACUACGUUUAGCUGCAUCAGAUAAUCUUAAGGAAAACUAUACAACAGUAAUAAUCCAUGUCAAAGAUGUCAACGACAAUCCACCAGUAUUUGAACGGCCCACAUAUCGAACACAAAUAACAGAAGAGGAUGACCGCAAUUUACCGAAACGCGUUUUACAGGUCACAGCAACUGAUGGGGACAAGGAUCGACCACAAAACAUCGUAUAUUUCCUUACUGGCCAAGGUAUUGAUCCGGAUAAUCCAGCCAAUAGCAAAUUCGAUAUUAAUCGAACAACUGGAGAGAUAUUCGUCCUUAAGCCCUUGGACCGUGAUCAACCCAACGGAAGACCUCAAUGGAGAUUUACAGUAUUCGCACAAGAUGAAGGCGGCGAAGGCUUAGUUGGCUAUGCAGAUGUGCAAGUUAAUCUAAAGGACAUCAACGACAAUGCCCCAAUAUUCCCACAGGGAGUAUACUUUGGUAAUGUCACAGAAAACGGUACAGCUGGCAUGGUUGUUAUGACAAUGACAGCCGUCGAUUAUGAUGACCCCAACGAGGGGCUCAAUGCAAAACUCGUGUAUUCCAUUGAGAAGAAUGUCAUCGAGGAGGAAACUGGCUCGCCCAUCUUUGAAAUUGAACCGGAAACGGGUGUUAUCAAAACAGCUGUUUGUUGCUUGGACAGAGAACGUACCCCAGAUUAUUCAAUACAAGUGGUUGCAAUGGAUGGGGGCGGACUCAAGGGUACUGGCACAGCAUCGAUACGUGUGAAGGACAUCAAUGAUAUGCCGCCACAAUUCACAAAGGACGAAUGGUUUACGGAGGUGGAUGAAACCGAUGGGACUAGCUUGCCGGAAAUGCCCAUUCUAACGGUCACAGUGCACGACGAGGACGAGACAAAUAAAUUCCAGUACAAAGUGAUUGAUAACAGUGGUUAUGGAGCGGACAAGUUUACAAUGGUCCGAAAUAACGAUGGUACGGGCAGUUUGAAAAUCGUUCAACCUUUGGACUAUGAAGACCAAUUGCAAAGCAAUGGCUUCCGGUUUCGUAUACAAGUCAACGAUAAGGGCGAAGACAACGACAAUGACAAAUACCAUGUGGCAUAUUCGUGGGUGGUGGUGAAGCUUCGUGACAUCAAUGACAAUAAACCGCACUUUGAGCGGGCCAACAUUGAGGUAUCUGUGUAUGAGGAUACUAAAGUUGGUACUGAAUUGGAGAAAUUCAAAGCUACCGAUCCGGAUCAGGGUGGCAAGAGUAAGGUGUCGUAUUCGAUAGAUCGUUCAUCAGAUCGACAGAGACAAUUUUCGAUAAAUCAAAAUGGCAGUGUGUCGAUACAGCGUUCGUUGGAUCGUGAAGUGGUGCCGCGACAUCAAGUAAAGAUAUUGGCCAUUGACGAUGGUAUUCCACCAAAAACAGCUACGGCAACAUUAACUGUGAUUGUACAAGACAUAAAUGAUAAUGCUCCGAAAUUCCUAAAGGACUAUAGGCCUGUACUACCGGAGCAUGUGCCACCACGUAAGGUUGUGGAAAUUUUGGCUACGGAUGAUGAUGAUCGUUCGAAGAGCAAUGGACCACCAUUCCAGUUCCGAUUGGAUCCGGGUGCAGAUGAUAUUAUUCGGGCAUCAUUCAAGGUGGAACAAGAUCAAAAGGGUGCCAAUGGUGAUGGUAUGGCUGUAGUCUCAUCAUUACGCUCCUUCGACCGUGAACAACAAAAAGAAUACCUAAUCCCCAUUGUGAUUAAGGACCAUGGCAGUCCGGCCAUGACUGGCACCAGUACACUUACCGUAGUGAUUGGCGAUGUGAACGAUAACAAGAUGCAACCAGGCUCAAAGGACAUUUUCGUCUAUAACUACCAAGGACAAUCGCCCGACACUCAAGUCGGACGUGUGUACGUUUAUGAUUUGGACGAUUGGGAUUUGCCCGACAAGAAAUUCUACUGGGAGGCUCAGGAACAUCCUCGUUUUAAAUUGGACGAAGACUCUGGCAUGGUAACGAUGCGAGCUGGAACUCGCGAGGGUCGUUACCACCUACGAUUCAAGGUCUACGACAGGAAACACACUCAAACUGAUGUUCCGGCCAAUAUCACAGUUACAGUCCGUGAAAUACCCCAUGAGGCAGUCAUUAAUUCAGGCUCUGUUAGGAUAUCUGGAAUAUCAGAUGAAGACUUCAUUCGUGUAUGGAAUUAUCGUACGCAGAGCCUGUCACGCAGCAAGUUGGACAGGUUCCGUGAUAAGUUGGCCGACCUGCUUAACACCGACCGCGAGAAUGUGGACAUCUUCAGUGUGCAAUUGAAGAGACGUCAUCCGCCACUAACUGACGUACGUUUCUCCGCUCAUGGCUCACCCUACUACAAGCCAGUUCGACUAAAUGGCAUUGUCCUGAUGCAUCGCGAAGAGAUUGAGAAGGAUGUCGGCAUCAACAUCACAAUGGUGGGAAUUGACGAGUGUCUGUAUGAGAAUCAAAUGUGCGAGGGCUCAUGCACGAAUACCCUGGACAUUAGCACACUACCCUACAUGGUGAAUGCGAAUAAAACCUCUCUAGUGGGUGUUCGGGUGGACACCUUGGCCGAAUGUACAUGUGGAGCAAGAAACUUUAGCAAGGGUGAAUCAUGUCGCAAUACUCCAUGCUACAAUGGAGGUCGAUGCAUCGAAACACGCUACGGUCCACAUUGUUCCUGCCCAGCUGGGUACGCUGGACCCCGAUGCCAACAGACAACGAGAAGUUUCCGUGGCAAUGGGUGGGCCUGGUAUCCGCCCUUGGAGAUGUGCGAUGAAUCGCAUCUGAGUCUGGAGUUCAUCACCCGCAAACCGGAUGGCCUGAUUUUGUACAAUGGUCCAAUAGUGCCACCGGAACGAGAUGAAAUGCUGAUAUCGGAUUUUGUUUCGCUCGAGCUGGAGCGUGGUUUUCCACGGUUGCUUAUUGACUUUGGUUCGGGAACUCUCGAACUGCGAGUUAAAACAAAAAAGACACUGGACGAUGGUGAAUGGCAUCGGGUGGAUCUGUUUUGGGACACCGAAAAUGUUCGUAUGGUAGUGGACUAUUGCAAGUCAGCCGAAGUGACUGAAAUGGAGGAUGGCACACCACCGGAAUUCGAUGAUAUGUCGUGCCAGGCACGUGGCUUGAUACCACCAUUCAGUGAGUAUUUGAAUGUAAAUGCUCCCUUGCAAGUUGGAGGAUUGUAUCGGGAACAAUUCGACCAGUCAUUGUACUUUUGGCGUUAUGCACCAACAACAAAGGGUUUCGAUGGGUGUAUACGAAAUGUUGUGCAUAAUAGCAAGUUAUAUGAUUUGGCUCAUCCGGGAUUGUCGAGAAAUAGUGUAGCUGGGUGCCCUCAGACAGAGGAGGUUUGUGCUCAGAGUGAACAGACAGCACGUUGCUGGGAACACGGCAAUUGUGUGGGUAGUUUAAGUGAAGCACGGUGUCAAUGUCGUCCCGGGUGGACUGGGCCAGCUUGCAACAUUCCUACAAUACCAACGACCUUUAAGCAGCAGAGUUAUGUAAAGUAUGCUUUGAGUUUCGAACCCGAUCGUUAUAGUACACAGAUACAGUUGAGAUUCCGGACAAGGGAACAACAUGGUGAGCUGUUCCGUGUGAGUGACCAGCACAAUCGAGAGUAUGGAAUUCUCGAGAUCAAAGAAGCUCGCCUGCAUUUCCGGUAUAAUUUGAAUUCGCUGCGCACUGAAGAGCGAGACCUGUGGCUUAAUGCUAUAACGGUGGAUGAUGGACAGUGGCACGUGGUGCGUAUUAAUCGAUAUGGAUCAGCGGCAACUCUUGAACUGGACGGAGGUGAGGGCCGAAGAUACAACGAAACAUUUGCCUUCGAAGGGCAUCAAUGGCUGUUGGUGGAUAAACAGGAAGGUGUGUAUGCUGGUGGAAAGGCUGAAUAUACGGGUGUAAGGACAUUUGAAGUGUAUGCGGAUUAUCAAAAGAGUUGCCUUGAUGACAUCAGAUUGGAAGGCAAACAUCUGCCACUGCCACCAGCUAUGAAUGGCACUCAAUGGGGUCAGGCAACAAUGGCAAGGAACUUGGAGAAGAACUGUCCAUCGAAUAAGCCCUGUUCGAAUGUUAUCUGUCCGGAUCCGUUCGAGUGUGUGGAUUUAUGGAAUGAAUACGAGUGCACUUGCGGAGAAGGACGAGUGAUGUCACCAGAUGCCAAAGGUUGUAUGGAUCGCAAUGAAUGUUUGGAUCUUCCAUGUUUAAACGGUGCCACUUGUAUUAAUUUGGAACCAAGAUUACGUUAUCGUUGCAUCUGUCCCGAUGGAUAUUGGGGCGAAAAUUGUGAACUCGUUCAAGAGGGUCAAACGUUAAAAUUGAGCAUGGGUGCUCUAGCAGCAAUACUUGUUUGCUUAUUAAUUAUAUUAAUUCUUGUCCUUGUGUUUGUGGUCUAUAACCGACGACGAGAGGCGCAUAUUAAAUAUCCUGGACCUGAUGAUGAUGUUCGAGAGAAUAUCAUCAACUAUGAUGAUGAAGGUGGCGGCGAGGAUGAUAUGACAGCCUUUGAUAUAACGCCAUUACAAAUUCCUAUCGGUGGACCGAUGCCAGAGUUGGCUCCAUGCAAAAUGCCAAUUAUGUAUCCUGUUAUGACACUGAUGCCAGGCCAGGAGCCAAAUGUUGGCAUCUUCAUUGAGGAACAUAAAAAGCGUGCUGAUAGUGACCCCAAUGCCCCGCCAUUUGAUGACCUAAGAAAUUAUGCCUACGAGGGUGGUGGCAGUACUGCUGGAUCUUUGAGUUCAUUAGCGUCAGGUACUGACGAUGAACAACACGAGUACGAUUACCUUGGAGCGUGGGGUCCACGUUUCGAUAAACUAGCCAACAUGUAUGGCCCUGAAGUCAAUCCCGACUUGGAGUUGUAAAUCACACACAAACAAAAAAUUUCAAAGAAUUUAAAUUAAGACAAAUAAAUUAAAUAAAACAAACAAACAAAAAACAUCUUAAUUUAAAAUAAAAUAUAAAAAAAAAAACAAUUACAUAAAAAAAUAAUAAUCAACAACAAAUGGAUUUACAAAAAAAAUAAAACCGAGACAUACUCAUCAUGAAAAAAAAAA